UCACACUUACAAGUGAAUUUUGAAAGUAUUUUCAGUAGAUUUUUUAAUUCGUCCUCAUGAUAAGACUCACGUAAAACGAAAUAAGAUGAGCACAUACAAAUUGAAGGGCUUUUUUGUGUUACUAUUUUUACUGGAAAAAAAGUUCCUUUGAGAAAAUUUCUUCUCUUGUCAGCAUCUCCUGGUGCUAGAAAUCCAGAAGAUCAAGAUGGUGGCCAAUACGUGGCUAGCACAAGACUAGUCCCAGUUCAGCAGUUUUGGAUGACAUCAAAUGGAAUGACCAAAUCUUGAUUGUUCGAAAAUUUGACUUUAUUCUCUGAGGUUAGCUAGGCUCAGUUUGUAGCGAGAAGGGUUUGAACCCUUACCAGAGGGAGCGGUCCGUCAGGAUGGCACCUAAUGAAACACAGAGGCCUUUUCUAUUAGUAUUAGCAAUAUUUAUUGGACUUGUGGAUUUCUCGUUAGCGCAAUGCGCUGGCUGUGCACCACCCUGUAUAUGCAAAGGACAAAAAGGUUUGCCGGGUGAGAUGGGUCUAACGGGCUUGCGAGGACCUGAAGGUUUACCCGGCUGGCCGGGCCAUGAAGGACCAGAAGGUUUUAAGGGACGUCGUGGUGAACCUGGUGAACCUGGGGCUCAAGGUCAAAAAGGAUUUAGGGGCGUUAAUGGAGAUGAUGGUUCUGUUGGUCUACCUGGUAUUGACGGUUCUCCUGGAUUUGAAGGUCCCGUUGGUCCAGAAGGUUUUCCAGGGUGUAAUGGAACUAAGGGACAACCAGGUCGUGCAGGUCAACCUGGCUCAUCAGGACUAAUAGGCCCAAAAGGGAUGCAAGGCAAACCAGGCCUAAAGGGUAUGCCGGGAGAUUCUGUUAGCUUCACUAGAGGUUUGAAAGGUGAACAGGGAGAUCCAGGACUUCCAGGGCCAAAAGGAUUUAAAGGAGAACCAGGGGAUGAAGGAUAUUACGGCCCCAAUGGUGACCCAGGCCCUCCUGGACCUAGAGGUUUGGAUGGCUUGAAGGGAGAAAGAGGUGAUAAAGGUGACGACAAGGAGGGCCCAAAAGGAAUAAAGGGCCCAAGGGGUGACCCUGGAGAUGACGGAGUGGCUGGGGUAGCGGGCAACCCUUUGAACAGCACCAUAACAAAAGGUCCCAAAGGCCCCCCGGGAGUAAUCGGCGAUAAAGGUCCCUUUGGAGACCGAGGUGAUAAAGGAAGGACUGGCUCACCGGGCCCUCAGGGAAACAAGGGCGACAAGGGUCUGCCUGGGGAGAAAGGACCUAAUGGUCGUAUGGGCAAACGUGGUAAACCAGGAACAACUGGUAGCUCUGGUCCAAAGGGAAUGAGAGGAGAAAGUGGUCUCCCGGGACUGGAUGGACUCCUUGGCAGAAAGGGCUUACCAGGUGAUCCAGGGGUGAAAGGGCAAGUUGGACGAGAAGGUGCAAGGGGUGAACCUGGUGAAUAUAUAGAAGGUGAAAAAGGUGCCCCGGGAUCAAGAGGUUUACAGGGAGAACCUGGUAAUAAAGGAUUACGUGGAAGGCAAGGAGAGGAAGGGUUUCCGGGGGAACAAGGAGAAGAUGGUGAUAUUGGUCCACCUGGACCGCCUGGUGAGCCUGGCAUUGAAGGAGAAAUUGGAAUAUCUGAAGAUGGAGACCCAGGAGACAGAGGACCAGAUGGACAAGCAGGGACAGACGGCAAACCAGGAUUUCCUGGCUUGCCUGGUGACCCUGGCAUGCCUGGUGAGCCAGGAGAUGAUGAGGUGGGAGAGGUGGGGGAACCUGGCCUAGACGGGAGGGACGGGGAGCCUGGGCUGCCAGGUCCUCAGGGUGACGCCGGCCCACCUGGUAUCAAGGGUCUGCCCAACAUUGGUUCCGAUGUCACUGGGCCUAAAGGUAUAAAGGGCCUACCUGGCCUUAGGGGUGACCGUGGCCCUCCAGGUAACGAUGGAGUGUUUGGAGAGGAUGGAGAAAAAGGUUCCCGGGGUGAAGACUGUGGGCUGUGUCCAGAUGGUAUCCCAGGACCAAAAGGUGACCCAGGAGAAGAAGGCUAUGUGGGCAAAGAUGGUUCCAGAGGUCCUAAGGGAAGACAAGGUGAAAGAGGACCUGUUGGUGACCCUGGUUUACCUGGGCAACCAGGGCUACCUGGACCUGCUGGGUUCCCAGGCAUGCCAGGCAGCUCUGGUGAUGAUGGUCCAAAAGGUCAACCUGGAAAUCAGAUACCAAUGGACAAUGUUGAACUCUUCACUGGGGAGAAAGGAGAUGUGGGUGAUAUUGGCUAUCCUGGACCGCCUGGUUUGGGAGGUGCCAUGGGUCCAGUUGGACUCUAUGGUCUUCCUGGAGCACCUGGACAGAAAGGUUUUCAGGGAGACGAAGGUCUCAUGGGUGAAGAGGGAUUGGAUGGUAGCAGAGGUUUUGAUGGGAUGCCUGGAAUGACAGGAGAGAAAGGUGACAGUAUUCAAGGACCCAAAGGUCCUAAAGGUAUAAAAGGUCGGGCAGGAUUUGAUGGAACAAAAGGACAGCCUGGUGCACAAGGUCCACCAGGAGACCCUGGACAUAAGCAAGGUGGGCUGAAGGGAGAAAGGGGUGAGAUGGGUGUGAUAGGCAUGGAUGGCAUUUCAGGAGAGCCUGGUGAACCUGGUGAGCCUGGAGAUGAAGGACCAGAAGGAGAGAUGGGCCCAAUUGGUCUGAAGGGUGAGCCAGGUUUCCCUGGAACUGAUGGCAUUGAUGGUAUCCAGGGGGAGCAGGGUCUCAAGGGCUAUCCUGGAAUUAGAGGAUUUCAAGGCCCUAAUGGCGUCAAGGGCUUUAAGGGGGAUCGUGGAGAUAAAGGGCCAGAUGGAGAGAUGGGUGAAGACGGUUUCAGGGGUCCAGAUGGACUUGAUGCAGAAAGCGGAAUAAAAGGAACAGAAGGAGACAGAGGAGUGGACGGUCAGAGGGGGUUACCAGGACCUGAUGGAGCUCAAGGUCCAAGGGGUCAGAUGGGAGAUAUGGGUAUUGAAGGAGAGUCAGGAUUGCCUGGUUUUGAUGGUUUAGCUGGCUCAGAAGGAGCAAAAGGUGAUCAAGGGGACAGAAGAAAUGGGCCCAAAGGUCUAAAGGGUUUUCCUGGUGAAGAGGGUCUACCAGGUGAGUCUGGCUUCCCUGGUGAAGAUGGAGAUUUGGGAUUGCCUGGCCAAGAAGGUCCGCCUGGACUUCCUGGCGCCAAAGGAUCAGCUGGCGAGCCUGGAGCUCUCGGAGAGCCAGGAGUGCCUGGAUUGCAAGGCUUGACUGGAGAAAUCGGUUUGGCUGGAUUUGAUGGUCCUAAAGGUCAGCAGGGAGAUCAAGGACCAGAUGGUGACUUUGGCAUGCCUGGUUUAAUAGGGAUUACAGGAGACCCUGGUCCUCAAGGUAGAAGAGGAGAUCGUGGUGAUAUGGGAGCACCAGGUUAUCCUGGACCACCUGGAAAACCAGGUGCAAGAGGUGAAAAAGGUUUCAGCGGCUUACCUGGGCUCAAGGGUGCUAAAGGUUUUACUGGAGAUGGUGGAAUGACAGGAGAUAUUGGAGAACCUGGCUAUGAUGGUGUAAAUGGUAGAGAUGGUCCAGAGGGCAGACCAGGGGAAAAGGGACAAAAGGGACUGCGUGGUGAUUCUAUUGCAGGUGAAACAGGUUUAAAUGGAGAUGACGGAUUUGAUGGAAUGCCUGGCCCAAAAGGUGCCAGAGGUCCAAAGGGUUAUAAAGGAGCCCGUGGAUUAGAAGGUCUCCCUGGUCUACCUGGACAACCUGGACUGGCUGGAGAAAAUGGUAUUGAAGGUAAAGACGGACUGCCAGGCAGUGCAGGAAGACCUGGGAUAGAUGGAGAUCCAGGACUUCCAGGUGAUCCUGGGCAAAAGGGUGAAAGUGGAUUAAAUGGAAUAGCAGGAGCAGAAGGACAACCAGGACCAAAAGGAUAUAGAGGAGAAAAUGGAUUGAUUGGGAUGCCUGGUAAAAAAGGAGAGCGAGGUCUUAUAGGUAUCCCAGGAUAUCCCGGUCUACCAGGACCCCCUGGUGAUGAUGGUAUUGCUGGCCCGGAUGGGGAUGAAGGAUUGCCUGGUGCAAGAGGAGACGCUGGGCUAGCAGGUCUUGCAGGACUGGAUGGAAUUGAUGGAGAAGAUGGAAUUCCUGGAAUACCUGGCGAUGAUAACGUACAAGGAGAUAGAGGAGAUCCAGGGGACCCUGGUCCUGUAGGUCGUAAUGGACAGGAUGCUGAACCAGGAUACCCUGGACCUCCUGGAGAUGAGGGAAUCCCUGGAAUAAGCGGAAUGGUGGGAGGCAUGGGACUAAUGGGAGAAAAUGGAAUACCUGGAGCUAAAGGUGCCAAAGGACCAAAGGGUGACAGAGCGAUAGGCUCAAAGGGUCAGAAAGGACUUGCUGGCAGCCCUGGACCUAGAGGAGAUGAGGGAAGACCUGGGCAAAAAGGAAGACCUGGAAUUAAUGGUCUCAGAGGCCUUCCUGGCAUUGAUGGUGAAAGGGGCUUCAGAGGACUAGAUGGCUGGCCAGGAGAACCAGGGAAACCGGGUCCACCUGGGGAAAAUGGUUUUGUGGGAGAGCCAGGUAUGGUUGGAGACCCUGGAGACUUUGGUGAUGAUGGUCCAGAUGGAUUUCCAGGCUUUCAAGGUUUUAAAGGUGAAAAGGGAUCUCCAGGACCAUUUGGAAUGCCUGGGCAAAAAGGCAGGAAAGGUGAUUUAGGUGAACCUGGUCUCGCAGGUCCUAAUAAUGUAAUAGAUGGUCCCAAGAAACCUGGAGAAAUCGGAGAGAAAGGUCGUAAAGGAUCUGCUGGUUUCAAAGGCAGUUCAGGGGAGAGGGGUCUAGAUGGUAUGGAUGGUAGGCCAGGUAUCCCGGGGAUGGUGGGGGAUGUUGGUUUAGAUGGUCUAUAUGGUCCUAAAGGCUUACAAGGCUUGAAAGGCAGACAAGGAACUGAUGGAUUCCCAGGAAGUGUCGGCACACAAGGAUUACCAGGCGAUCCAGGUGCUCCUGGAUCACCUGGUACUGGUGCAGGAAUCAUCUUCACCAGACACAGCCAAGAUAGCCAAAUACCAGACUGCCCACUGGGUACCAAUAAAUUGUGGGACGGCUAUUCAUUGCUCUUUGUCAUGGGUAAUGGACGUGGUCAUGGGCAAGAUUUGGGUACUGCUGGCUCCUGUCUCCGUCGUUUUUCAACCAUGCCCUUCAUGUUUUGUAACAUCAAUAACGUGUGCAAUGUGGCAUCUCGUUCGGACUACAGCUACUGGCUGAGUACACCACACACAAUGACAGCCUCCAUGGCACCUGUCACUGGUGAGGAGAUCCGACCCUAUAUUAGCCGGUGCAGUGUAUGUGAGACUCCAGCACCAAUUAUGGCAGUACACAGCCAGACAAUGAUGGUUCCAAGAUGUCCAGUGGGAUGGUCUGACGUUUGGAUCGGCUACAGCUUUGUUCUUAGCACUGGUGCUGGUUCUCAAGGUUCAGGCCAGGCUCUUGAGUCACCUGGUUCCUGUCUAGAAGAAUUCAGGUCGCAGCCAUUCAUUGAAUGCCAUGGCCGUGGCACAUGUAAUUACUAUUCUGCAUCAUACAGCUUCUGGAUAUCAACAAUAGAAGCUCAGGACCAGUUUAGGCAGCCCCUGUCAGAAACCCUCAAGUCUGGGGAUGUGCGCAGGAGAAUCAGCCGGUGUGUGGUGUGUAUUAAAGAUUUUACAACAGGCCCUCAGUUCUUUAGGAUGGUCAAGUGAUUGUAAUUAAGCAUUUAGUCAUUUUAUAAUAAUUUGUCCUCUCACUCAGCUUAAAGAUUAAUGCUUAUGUAUCAGUUUGCUGAAUGCUGUGGUUAAUUGUUGAGAAAGGAAGCUUGGCUCUUCUAGACAGGUGUUAAAAGCUCAUAUGAAAUUUGUCUCUAAUUUUUUGGGUCAGAAACCUUUUAUAGGAAUACUGUACCAUUUUCUAAAUUAAAAAAAGUUUUAUAGAUUUUCAAAGUUUGUACUUAUAAUGUUAACACUUUUUAACUUAACGGUUCAUGCAGGCUCAAGUACUUUAUAAACAACCUUUGUAUUAUACUGUUUUGUGUGAUGUUACAAUACAUAAUGUAUAUUAGAAUAAAUGUGGUGAGAAUUAGGGAAAAACAUUUUCCCUCAAUUCCAAAUGAAAACUGAUUUCAGUGGUGCUAUGUUUCAUUAAGUUAACUUUAUUUUUAACUUUCAAAAAUCUGUGUACAUUUUUAUUCAUUUGUUUUUUCUAUAUUCAUUAACUUUACGUAUUAGAAUUAUGAUAGUUAAAGACACUGUAUACCUUUUACCAGAUGUUAAAUAUCCAAGUUGUAUUUUCAUCAUAAAAUGUAACGUGAAUUACAUGAGCAUCUGAAAUAACUAACCUGUUAUGAGUGCCUUAUACUGUGAAUAUAAAUGAAAUAUGCAUUUAUCCAUUUAAAUUGCUUGUAAUAUUUCUAAAUGAGAAGAACUUUUUAAAAGAAAUAAAUAACUUGUUUAAAAACAUAAGG